AUGACAACAAAGGAGCAUGCUCAAGAACCACUCUAUGGAAUGAGCACUUUUCUACUGACAGUGGCUCAGCUCCUGAUGGAGCAAAACACUCCCAGCGAGGUGCCGGCAGCCCUAAAGCGCCUGGCCAAAUACAUAGUGCGUGGUUUCUAUGGCGUGGAGUGUUCCCUGGCCCUGGAUGUGCUGAUCCGCUACCCCUGUGUGAAAGAGGAGGACUUGUUAGAGCUGCUCAAGUACGAGCGGAAGCAGCUGCGCACUGUCCUCAACACGCUCAAGGCAGACAAGCUGGUGAAGCUGCGGAUGCGAGUGGAAACGGGGCCUAACGGGAAGAGCACGAGGCACAAUUACUAUUACAUCAAUUACAAGGUGCUGGUGGAUGUGGUAAAAUACAAACUGGAUCAUGUACGCCGGAAAAUAGAAGCGGAUGAGCGGGAUUCCACUACCAGAUCCUCUUUUAAAUGUCCAUCUUGCUCUAGCACGUACACGGACCUAGAGGUCAAUCAGCUCUUUGAUGCAUUUACAGAGACUUUCCGCUGCACUUACUGCAACACUGAAGUAGAGGAAGAUGGCUCAGCAUUUCCAAAGCAUGAUGCUCGAACCUUGCUGGCGAAGUUCAAUGAGCAGAUCGAGCCUAUCUUUGUGCUGCUGCGUGAGACUGAGGAUAUUGUGCUGCCCUAUGACUUGUUAGAGCCUCAGCCAACAGAAAUACCAGAAUUAACACAAAGCUUUGAUCCGAUGUUGGGCUCAAGUGUUCUGGAAUCCUGCAGCCACACUAAAAAAUGGGAACACAGAAGUUCCGCUUUUGGCCUUACAUACACCCAAAACUUAACUAUUGAUGUCCAAGACCCAAAGCACGAGAAGAAAAGAAGAGAAAAAGCAACUGAAAAGCAACCUAUCUGGUUGUCACAUAGCACUGUGGAAGGAGCAGCAACAGCCACCAACAAUGGUGUUGGAGUAAAUGCUUCCGAAGAAACUGAAGAAAUUGUUAAAGAAACUGUCACUGAUAAUGAAAUCAUUAAGACUCUUCUGAUCCAUGAAUCCAAGUCAUCAUCUAGCACAGACCAGGCUCCCGUUGUCAAAAGCAAACUCCAUGGAUCAUGCAGUGAUAACAAUGAGUUUGAAGAGGAUGCCAAGCACUCAAGAGGAGCAGGAAUGAAAGUAGCUGGCAGCAACUUUGAACAAGAGGAGGAACAGGAAAGUCUGGGUCCUAUUUUAAUGGUAGCUGGCCAGCCUUGUUCAUAUGGCGAAAUUAGUGAAAACCCAGAGCUUGUGUCUCGCAUGACAAAUGAAGAGAGAGACACUUAUAUAAAAGUAGGACAAGAAAUGUUCCAGUCUGUCUUUGAGUAACUACUACUGUAGGAAUAUCCAACCUUAUAGAAUGGGUGAAGGGUUUUGACUUAUGUUCUUCAAAGUUUACAACUGAAGGGUUUUGUUUGAACU